AUGGCUCCUCCUCGUAAACGUGGAGCAAAAGGAGCGAAGACCAAGAGUGAGUUGAGUUUGGGCGAUCUUGUCCUCGCCAAGGUCAAAGGCUUCCCUCCUUGGCCUGCCAAGAUUAGCAGAGCGGAAGAUUGGGAGAGAACCCCUGAUCCUAAAAAAUAUUUUGUCCAGUUCUUUGGUACUGCAGAAAUAGCUUUUGUUGCUCCUGCUGAUAUUCAGGCAUUUACUAGCGAGGCAAAGAAUAAAUUGUCAGCCCGAUGCCAAGGCAAGACCGUUAAAUACUUUGCACAAGCUGUGAAGGAAAUCUGUGAAGAAUUUGGAGCUUUGCAGAAAAAGAAUUCAAGUGGUGUAGGAGAUGAUUCAGACAGAUCAACUCCUGGGUGUGAUGCCCCCUCUGUUGAUGGGGCAGUAGAUAGUGCUGUAGAGGUUGACUUAAAAAAUGGUAUUGGGACAAAUGAAACUAGGGGAGAAAUAGAGGUUAAAGGCACUGGGUUGGAGCGCUGCUCACUACGACUAGGAGACAUCAAUUGGCAAGAUAUAAAACCUGCCAUUUCAAGCAAUGCUAAUGAUAGUUCGUCUCCAGUAACGUCCUCCAAAAAAAAGAAUAAGCUUUGCAGUGACGGUGCUAAAAUACCAAAGCUGGAGGUAGUAUCAGGAUCUAGUCCAUGCAAUUUUUCCUGUCCCAAGGAGGAAGUCUCUUGUGAUAGUAAUACUGAAGAUACAAGGAAUACGAGAACCCAACUUGGACAUGUAAAGCAUACUUUAGUCAGUUAUGAAGUUUCACAUCCUGCCAAAAGGUUGACAAGUUCAGACUUGGUGGACGAUGCCACCCGGGGGUUACUCAAAACAUACAGACAAAGUGAUUGUCAAAGCCAUAGUGUUGUUGAGGGCAAAGCAGAUAACGCUGAGAUUAAAAAGCCUGCACUGCGGGGGGAAGUUGAAAAUCGCUUGGCAUCCAGAGCACAGACAGGUAGUGUUGAUGCCAAUACUCCGAGUGAUGAAGAUGGUCUUCCCCAACAAAGCGCCGUCGCUGGGCAUUGGAGGCCACGCAAUGUUAAAUCAUCGGUUACUCCAUUGCACACAAAGCGGAGAGCUGUUCGGCUAUAUGGUGGCGAUGAUGAUGACGAGCCCAGAACUCCAAUACAUGCAGGAUCUGUGAAGAAGGUUCAUGCACAUUCACAUGUCUCAGAAUAUGUCAAGAACACUGAUGCACAUGUUGAGGGUUCUAUACAUGAUCGGCCAUGUGUAAGAGAUUCAGGUAUACUUGAGAAUGGUCCUUCAAAGGAACUUAUACCCCCUGCCAAACUGAAUGGGUCUUCAUCACCUAAUCCUCAACAGACUGUAGAGAAGAGGCCUAAAAAGUCAACAGAUUCACAUGCCGUUCUUAGUCCAGGGAAUUUGGGACCUGAUAAAGUAUCAUCAGCAGAGGCUAAACCAGUUUUGUUUUCCCCUAAUAAUUCUCCCUUUGCCACAAAACCAGUAUUUGAACCACAUAAAGCCAAUAAAUCUUCAGCUAAGGUAUCUGGUAGUGUUUCUCAGAAAAAGGUUCCAACUGGGCCUUAUAAGGGAUCUGAAGUGGUUUCUAACGCCUUGAAUUAUACUCGUAAUCAAGCAACAAUUGAAAAAAGUAAACCAAUUUCUUCUGGGGAAAGACAAAAAUCUACUCCAAAAUCAAAUUUACGGGUAAAUGAUUCUUCUCUUGUAGCUGGAAAUCCAAUGGAAUGUAAAUCACUAUCCAUUGACAGGCUGGAAGCCGGAAGAGAAGAUAAGACAAGCUCAAUGAUUGACACGCAGAUUUCAGACUCUGUUACAUCUAUGAAGCAUCUCAUAGCAGCUGCUCAGGCGAAAAGAAGACAAGCUCUUUCACAAAGUCUCUCUCAUGGUAAUGCUAGUUCUGUUUUCGUCCCCACUACCGACAUAAGUGGCGGGAGCCCCAGCCCCGCCCCUGCUGUUCAGCGCCUUCAAUCCAGCUCCAGCAUUGUGGUCGAACCAGAUAGUCAGGGAUACUAUCCUCAUUCCUCUUUAGCUUCUCCAUCUUCUCAUGCUCGGCAGAUUUCGUCAAACUAUCAACCUGAUAACGAAGAAAUUGAGGAGAGAAGAGUUAGUUCAGGGCACCGGCCUGCUGGGGGUUCCCUUAGUGGUGGUACUGAGGCAGCUGUUGCUCGUGAUGCUUUUGAAGGAAUGAUAGAGACACUGUCAAGGACCAAAGAAAGUAUUGGGCGAGCAACCCGACUUGCAAUUGAUUGUGCAAAGUAUGGCAUUGCCAAUGAGGUUGUUGAACUUCUUAUUCGGAAGCUGGAAAGUGAGCCUAGUUUCCAUCGCAAAGUGGACCUAUUUUUUCUCGUGGAUUCAAUUACUCAAUGUUCUCACAGUCAUAGAGGCAUUGCAGGAGCCUCGUAUAUCCCUACAGUGCAAGCAGCAUUGCCUCGUCUCCUAGGAGCUGCUGCUCCACCCGGGGCUGGUGCUCGCGAAAAUCGUCGUCAGUGUCUUAAGGUUUUGCGAUUAUGGCUGGAGAGGAAAAUUUUGCCAGACUCUCUUCUUCGGCGAUUUAUGGAUGACAUUGGAGUUUCAAAUGACGAUACAGCUUCUGGGUUUUUCCUUAAGCGUCCAUCUCGAGCUGAGCGGGCUGUGGACGAUCCCAUUAGAGAAAUGGAAGGACUUCUUGUUGAUGAGUAUGGAAGCAAUGCGACAUUUCAGUUGCCUGGCUUUUUGUCUUCUAAUGUAUUUGAAGAAGAAGAAGAAGAAGAAGAGGAUCUUCCAAAGGCUUCAAGUAAGGAAUCGGGUGAUAGAUCACCAUUUGAACUGAUCCCUGCCACAGGAGAUCCUGAAACUUGUACGUUCACUCCGAAUGACAGACGCCACUGCAUUUUAGAGGAUGUAGAUGGUGAGCUUGAGAUGGAAGAUGUCUAUGGGCACCUAAAGGAUAAAAGACCAGUUACAAAUUGGUUGUCUGAUUUGGCUUUGGAGCAGCAAGGUUCACAUAGGAUCUUGGAAGAUGCUCCAGACAAUAGCACGGAUUUGUCCCCUCUCUCUGAGGGUUCUCCACCAUUGCCUCUUUAUUCCCCCCCUCCAACCCCACCGCUUCCUGCUUCACCUCCACCUCCACCUCCUACACCGCCACCUCCACCUCCACCUCCAUCAUCUCCAUUACCCCCUCCUCCCCCACCACCACCAUCACAUCCACAUCUACUUCCUUCGGUGCCUGCUGGCCUGCCCCCAUCAUUACCACCUCAGCCUUCUGUAGCAUCUCAACAGUUGCAAUCACAUCAAUCAUCAAUACCACCUUCUCCAAAUAUGGCAUAUCAACCUUCAGUACCAUAUGAAUAUUGUGGCACAUCUAGUGGAAAUCAAGAUGUCCAAAUAGCUGCAAAUACUCCUCAUGGGGCUCAUAUUGAUGCUGCUGUUAGAAGUGAAAUGUUUCUGCAGCAAUCACCUUGCUUUGCUCCAGCAGGGGUCUGCUCUUCACGCGAACCAUCUGGAUACAAUUCUUGUGGAUCAUUAGAUUAUGGACGUGGUGACGUAUAUAUAAAUCCCCAAGCUUCUCAGCCCAACCCUCAAUUUCAAUCUGCUACUGCACCUUUCACUCAAAGACCUUUCCAUCCUGCUCCGCCACCUCAAACUCCAUCAAGUCAUUUCUCAUAUACAAAGGCCUCAGUUCAGCAACACCCACAGAAGCCAUACCCCCCACCAUACUCAAUGCUGAAUCUUCCUGACGGUUCCAGGCGAUAUGUUGCUGAUGAACCAUGGAGGGUGCCCUCAAAUGAUUUUAACCCAGAUAAUCAGCAUGGUGUGUGGAUGAGUGGAGGGAGAACAUCAUGUUCUGGCCCACCUUUUACCCAGGAAGGUUAUUUCCGGCCGCCUCUUGAAAGGCUUCCCAACAGUAGUGUAAAGUUUCAACCGGCUGCUCCUAGCACCCUACCUGCUGACGCUCCACCUCGAGGUCACCAUAGUUCUCAGAUGAUGCCCUGUAGACAAGAUAUGUCUUCCUUAACUUGUUGGAGGCCAGCUUAAGACAGCCUGACCUGUUGUCUAUCUUUGAUAGAGUACAUGUUGCCCAACCGAUUGAAGAUGAGUUGAAAAAAGGAGCUUCUAUGAAAUCGUAUAUGGUGCCUACAACCUGAAGCGAAAGAUCUUUCAUGGAUGCAAGUCAAGUCCAUUAAUAAACCGCAAGAGUGCACUUUUACUCCAAAUAAAUUAUUGGGGGCUAGUGCUACUUAUUCUUCUCAAGGGAGUACUAAUCUUAAGACGAGAUGUUUUAAUUGCCAUGACUUUGGUCAUCUAUCUUUUCAAUGUCAUACAAAAUCUAUUGCUAUGGUUGAAAAGCAAAAUCCCGAGGUGAAUAAUGAGUUUGAGGAGACAGAAUUUGAAAUAGAAAUUGUGGAAACUCUUGAUAUAGGUGAUGUUAGUUUUGAUGAUUUGGAUGAUGAUCAUUUGAUGGGUGUUAUCUGUUCAGUAUUUUUUGCUUUUAAAGAAGUUGCUAAGGCGAGUUUAUUCAUAAAGAAAAAAUCUUUUAGACAAGAGUUAAUUGUGAAGGAGAGGUAUGCGUAUUAGUGAUCGACUUUGGGAGAUGCACAAAUAUGGUAUCAAAAGAGGUUCGGAAGUAAUUGAAUUUGAAAGUUCAACCAACUUCUAGAACCA